AACCAUGAACUGAUAUAAUGACUUUAACAGGACAACACUAUUCGAAGAGAGAACAAUGGUCUGAGGAUUCAGAGAAAAAGCGUUGAAGUGAAGAGUCGGUGAUUGAUCGGGAGCCUUUUACUAUUUGCGUCUUUUAUAAUAAACAGAAUACAUUUGUUACAACCUAAGUGUAAUCCCGAAUAUUUGUACGUUGUGAACGGAGGGUACCACAUAUUGGCGACGAGUGUUGGAAGUCGGAAAAUCAGGUAAGAACCAAAUAAAUAUUAGGCCAAAUUUUUCAGAGACGCUUCGGGAAGUUAGGUUAGGUGCGAAAAAAAAGCACCAGGAAGAUGAAAAAGUUGAUUCGUUAUAAAUGCUUGUUAUGAGUGAUAUUCUGCGUGACCUGUAUUGGAUUCUAUCUGGAAUGAUAUAAAAGUGGCCAGUACAAGGGUACUGUGCAGAGCACUAGGCUGACAGAAAUCUGCAGUGGCGGUUUUAACCUGUGAAUGUUGGCUGGUAUAUGAGAUACCAUGCAGGGACAGGACAUUUCCUGUGUGUGAACUAGGACGGAUCAUCUGGUAGAUCCUUUUGGCCGGUAUUCUAUACCGUGCAGGGAGCGAAGUUUCGCGAACUUAACAAUUAUGGAAAUUGUUUUUGGCCGAUACAUCUGGGUAUCGUGCAGGGAGCGAAGUUUCGCGAAAUAAACAAUCUUGAGAAUUGUUUUGGCCGAUACAUCUGGGUAUCGUGCAAGGAGCGAUGGUUCGCGAAGUAAACAAUAAGGAUUGUUUGGAUCAGGUCCGCAGAAUAUCUCUAAGAAAGCUUUGACAAAUCCCGAAUCUAUAGAAAUAAUUUGUUUCAAAUUGAUUGGCUUGCUAGUGUUCAAGAGGAAGUUAAAGAUAAAUUCGAACAGUUGACAAGUUUAUACUAUUUUUUCAUUUAUUUCAGCUUAAAAUUCUGAAAACUGUCAAGAGACAAAUAAGAGAUAUUUCAAAAUGGAUAGAUGGGAUCUGCCUCCAUUUAUUUUCAAGGGCCUCCCGCAAACAGAAGUUCGCGAAAAAUGGGUCCGUUAUAAGCGACAGUUCGAUUACAUGGCUCUGGCAAAUGCUACCACAAAUAAAAUUCGUUUGAAGAACAUUUUCCUUUCGCGAGCGGGGCCAGAUGUGCAAGAGGUUUUUAGUAGUAUUCCGGGUGCCGAUGUGGAAGAACGGCUGGGUGUCGAUCCGUUCCAAGUGAUGAUCCAAAAGUUGGACCAAUAUUUCGCACCCAAAGAACACGAGGCUUAUCAAAGAUUACAGUUUUGGAUGCUAAAACCAAAGGAGAAAGACGAAUCGUUUGACAAAUUUUUGCUUAGAACCGCUGAGAUGGCUAAUAUGUGUAACUUUGGAAACAGUUUGCAAGAGAGUAGAGAAAUUAGCGUAAUCGACAAACUGAUCCAAACCGCAGCCCCAGAUUUACGCGAGAAGAUACUGCAGCAGGAAAAUUUGAAUAUUGACAUAAUAACAAAACUUAUAAAUGCUCAUGAGGCAGUAAAAUUCCAAUCUCAACAAUUCACCGCGGCGUCCACCAACCAAUCGAGUGAAUUAGUGGUAAACAGGAUUCAAGGUUUGUCGCGAAACGUAUAUCGACCAAAUUUUCGAAAUGAGUAUCAAAACACACCUCGCGGCACGCUUGGCACCUCGUUUCGUAACUCUUACCGAGAUGAUUUAAUCGCUUGUGGUAAAUGUGGCUACAAAGAUCAGCGACACCCGGAUCGCAGGUGCCCAGCUUUAGAUAGGAAUUGCCUUAAGUGUGGCAAACAAGGACAUUUCUUAAUGUUCUGUCCUGACAGAUAUAGGUCACGGAAGCGCCAGGUGCCACACCAGGGUAACAAUUUUCGAAACAAUAGAUUCAAGCGUCCAGCAAUUAAUGCUGUUGAUACCGAAGAGCACGAUGAAUCAGGUAAUUUUCUGAACUAUAUUUCUAAUAGUAAAGCUGGAGAGGAACUUCUAUGGGUAACGAUCGGUGGAGUGAUGGUGCAAGUACUAAUUGAUUCUGGUUGCCAAUACAAUAUCAUUGACGAUACGACUUGGAAUAAAAUGCUAGCAGAAGGAGUUGAACAUGAAGAGCAACACAACAAAGACAAAAAAUUCAGAGUUUAUGGCAAACAUUUCCGACCACUUGUUACCCGAACCGUUUUUGAGGCUGUCAUAUCAAUUGAAGACGACGCGAGACGAAUUCAAAAAACAGCAACAUUUUAUGUUAUAAACGAAGGAUCCCAACCACUUCUUGGUCGCGCCACUGCCAAAGAGCUAGGAGUUUUAGUGUUAGGGUUGCCCAGUUCACGAGAAAUGUUUGAUGUCUGUCAGCUAACUUGUAGCAAACAAGUAUUCCCGAAAAUUAGAGGUAUCCAACUAAGAAUUUCCAUCGAUCCAUCAGUAACUCCAGUUUGUCAAAGCGUUCGACGACCACCACUAGCUUUGUUGACUAAAAUUGAAGAAAAGCUACAUGCGUUGCUAGCAUCCGAUAUUAUAGAACCUGUGCAGGAAUACAGUCCAUGGGUAUCUCCGCUAGUAACUAUCCUCAAGGAUAAUGGAGAUCUCCGCCUAUGCGUUGACAUGCGCAGAGCAAACAUGGCCAUCAAGCGAGAAGCGCAUCCUAUGCCAACGUUCGAUGAUUUUCUUCCACGGCUUAAGAAGGCUCGUGUUUUUAGUCGGUUAGAUAUCAAAGAAUCAUUUUAUCAAAUGGAAUUACACAAAGAUUCGCGCCAUAUCACAACUUUUAUUACGCAUUUGGGCAUUUUUCGGUUUAAAAGGUUAAUGUUCGGCAUUUCGUGCGCACCGGAAAUGUUCCAAAAAGGUUUGGAACAGAUUUUAGUAACUUGCAACAAUACGAUAAACUUUAUAGAUGAUAUCCUUAUUUUCGGGGAAAAUUUAUCAGAACACGACAAGGAACUUAAUAAAACGCUAGCAACGUUGAGAACAGCAGGAGUUCUACUGAACCACGAAAAGUGUGUAUUCCGAGUUCCAGAGGUAACAUUCCUGGGCCAUCGACUGUCGGGUAAAGGAGUGCAACCAACUGACGACAAAAUCACAGCUCUGAAAAACUUUAGAGCUCCGCAGACCUCGGAGGAGGUGAGAAGCUUCCUAGGCCUUGUGACGUAUGUGGGUCGUUUUCUUCCGAAUUUGGCAACAAGAACUGCACCACUACGUGCGCUUACAUGCUCAGGUGUUAAAUUUGUCUGGACAUCGGAACAUGAACAAUGUUUCGAUAAACUGAGGAGAAUGGUUGCGGAUAUAAAAAUGUUGCACUAUUUCGACAACACUUUACGGACCCGGGUGGUUGCUGAUGCCUCGCCUGUAGGGCUGGGCGCCGUUCUUCUACAAUUUGUAGAUAACCGGCUUGAUUCUAAUCCACACAUUAUCAGUUAUGCGAGUAAAAGUCUCAGCGAAACCGAGAAACGCUACUGCCAGACCGAAAAAGAGGCACUGGCACUAGUUUGGGCAGUGGAACGUUUCUCAGUUUACCUUCUCGGGCGCACCUUCGAACUGGAAACUGACCAUAAGCCCCUAGAAACAAUCUUUAAACCAAAUUCACGACCGUGUGCCAGAAUUGAACGGUGGUUACUGAGGUUGCAAUCCUUUUCGUUCAAAGUUGUGUACCGUAAGGGCUGCAACAACAUAGCAGAUUCACUUUCGAGAUUGUCUCAGGACGAUUGUACCACAGAUUUCGACAGAGACAGCCCUUUUCUAAUUCUUGCGAUUAAAGAGUCAGCGGCGAUCGAUACAAGUGAACUUGAUAAAGCUUCGCGAGAGGAUCAAGAACUACAGGCUGUGAAAACAUGCCUCAUAAGUAACAAUUGGAAUAAUCCUUUGGCAAAGCCUUACGAAAUUUUCAAAACCGAAAUAGGUUUCACCGGGGAUACAUUAAUUCGCAGAAGUAAAUUAAUUGUUCCAAAAGCUCUUCGAAUUAGAAUGCUAGACCUUGCUCACGAAGGCCAUCCAGGGGAGAGCGUAAUGAAACGCAGAUUACGCGACCGGGUUUGGUGGCCCGGGAUGGAUCGUGAAAUCGAGAAACAUGUGUCCUCGUGUGAAGGUUGUAGACUAGUGAGCUGCCCAAACAGACCCGAACCCAUGGGGAGAAGGCCUCUUCCAGCCGGUCCUUGGAUCGACGUUGCGUUAGACUUCAUGGGUCCACUGCCUAGUGGCGAAUAUUUGUUAGUUAUCAUAGACUACUUCAGCCGCUACAAGGAAAUAGAAAUAAUGAAGCAUAUAACUGCUGAGGACACCAUAAGUCGGUUGCGGAAAAUUUUUACCAGGUUGGGAUACCCAGUGACAAUAACUCUCGACAACGCAAAGCAAUUUCUUAGCAAUACUUUUGAGAAUUAUUGUAAAAAGAAUAAAAUUCAUCUUAACUAUUCCACACCUUAUUGGCCCCAGGAAAAUGGACUGGUGGAACGACAAAACCGUUCGCUAUUAAAGCGACUUCAAAUCAGUCACGCACUUGGACGAAAUUAGAAACACGACUUAGAAGAUUAUUUGCUUAUGUAUUAUACUACCCCCCAUUCAGUGACACAGAAAACGCCAACAGAGUUAUGCUACGGGCGAACUAUUCGAUCGAAAAUACCAUGUUUAAUCGAUUUAGAAACUGGGAUAGCAGAUGAAGAAGUUCAAGAAAAGGACAUGAGGUCAAAAUUGCGUGGAAAAGGAAAAGAGGACAUGAAACGACGAGCGAGGGUUUCAGAAAUUCAAAUCGGUGAUACGGUUCUUAUGAAAAACUUGCUUCCCGGAAAUAAGCUGACUACCAACUUUAACCCUAGUCAAUACACUGUGUCUGGUAAAAGUGGUUCGCGUGUUGAGAUAAAGAACAAGGCUACAGGAAAAGUGUUUGAAAGAAACUCUAGCCACUUAAAGCGGAUUGUUGACCCUGAACUCGUUUCGUCAAAUGAUUUAGCACCAGAUGAAAGUAGUUCAAGCUCUUCGUCCAUACCCCCAACAGUUAUUACCAAUGGCGAGGUAGACAAGAACAUUUGCUCUAAUUUCAGGAGCCGGAGAAAUGUAAAACCUCCUACUAGGUUUCAAGACUACGUUGUUGGGAAUUUGGAUGGAAAUUGAAAGGAGUUAUGUUUUUAUCUAUAAAGAAAAGGAGAUGUGGUGAGUAAUGACUAUAUCCUAUCGAAAAACCAUGAACUGAUAUAAUGACUUUAACAGGACAACACUAUUCGAAGAGAGAACAAUGGUCUGAGGAUUCAGAGAAAAAGCGUUGAAGUGAAGAGUCGGUGAUUGAUCGGGAGCCUUUUACUAUUUGCGUCUUUUAUAAUAAACAGAAUACAUUUGUUACAACCUAAGUGUAAUCCCGAAUAUUUGUACGUUGUGAA